AUGAUUAAUGCUAAAAAACUUGCUAUUGAAAUGGAAAUUGAUUCCGUGUUUCCGGAAAAGCGUCACGUUCGUAGAAAAAGACACUUUGAUGAGAGUGAUGAUGAAUCAUCCCAAUCAACUGAACAAUCAGAUGAUGAAUCUUUUAGGGUUCAUUACUUCUUAUAUAUAAUAGAUCAAGCUAUUGAUUCAUUGAAGAGAAGGUUUGAAGAAUAUAGAGCAUAUGAUGAUAUAUUUGGGUUUUUGUUCACUUCAGAAAGAUUGAAUUCGAUGGACAAUGAUAAAUUGAAAGAUUGUUGUGACCGUCUUCAAAACUUUCUCAAGAAAGGUGAGUUUGUUGAUGUUGAUGGGGAUGCAUUAUUUGUAGAGUUGAAGCUUUUACGAGAGCGUUUUCCGAAAGAAAUGAAGACAUUCAUUGACAUAUUGAACUAUUUGAAGAGGAUGCAUUGUUUCCCGACUGCAAGCAUUGUGUACAGAAUUUUGUUGACUGUACUUGUUACCGUUGCAUCUGUGGAAAGAAGUUUCUCAAAGUUAAAGUUAUUAAAAUCAUACUUGCGAUCAACCAUGUUGCAGGAAAGGUUAAAUGGACUUGCUUUGAUAUCGAUUGAAAGUGGUUUUUUAGAGAAAAUUGAUUAUGAAGGUUUAAUUGAUGAUUUUGCAACAAAGAAUGCACAAAGAAGCCUCUUUAAGUGA